CCUUCACUCAACCCCUCCCCCGCAGCAUCCUUCUACACGCAUCACAAUCCCGUAGACCACACAAUGACGCGUUUUCGUCCCUGUAUAGACCUGCACGCCGGAAGCGUCAAGCAGAUCGUCGGUGGCACGCUCAACACCACAACCCCCGACGUCCUGAAGACAAACUGGACCUCGGAACAUCCAUCCGCCUUCUACGCUGACCUGUACAAACAACAUGGCUUGACAGGCGCACACGUUAUAAUGCUCGGUCCUGGAAACGACCAAGCAGCUCAAGACGCAUUGGAAGCAUGGAAGGGUGGCAUGCAAGUCGGUGGAGGAAUCACAGAGAAGAAUGCAGCCGAGUGGAUCGAGAGAGGUGCGGAUAAGGUGAUCAUAACGUCGUACCUCUUUCCCUCGUCUACCUUUUCCAUGGACCGCCUGCAAGCCGUCCUCCAAGCCAUUGGCAACGAUAAAACUAAACUCGUCAUUGAUCUUUCGUGCCGAAGGAAAGACGACAAAUGGUUCGUUGCGACGAACAAGUGGCAGACUAUCACCGAAUUUGAGCUGAACCAGGAAUCCAUAUCCCUCCUUGAACCGCACUGCUGCGAAUUCCUCAUCCACGCCGCCGAUGUCGAAGGUCUACAACGCGGUAUCGAUCACGAACUCGUCACUAAGCUAGCAGAGUGGUGCAGCAUACCCGUCACAUAUGCCGGUGGAGGUCGUUCACUCGAAGACCUAGAGUUGGUGAAGAAAUUGAGCAAGGGCAAGGUUGACCUGACCAUCGGUAGCGCCUUGGAUAUCUUUGGCGGGUCAGGCGUCAAGUUCCAAGAUUGCGUCAAGUGGAAUGCGGAGCAAGCAUGAAUGACAAGACUAUGUCAUGUAUCGCACAACACAUCGAACAAAUCAGAACAAGUGCAAACUAUUGCAUUUCUUCCUUCUCUUCGAACAUCAAAUUGCCUUUUUUUUAUCAAAGGCGAGCUAAAGCUAAGCUCGCUCUAGCUACAGUAGCCAUGCAUGCAUCAAACUCCC